AUUUCCAGCCCGUACCCGCCCCGCUGCCAUUCCUCCUUGGACAUCACUUUACUAUCAUCAAAAUGGAAUUUCAGACAUCUGUAUUCUUCUCCAGUAUUUCCAAGAGAUCUUUUCUAGGGUUUCAGUCGCUAACUCUUCAUUGUUGCUCUUUUCAUGGUUCGUUUCAAUUUUGAGCACAUAACAGAGAAACAGUUGAUCGAAAGAGUUCCAUAGAGCAAUUACCAACGAUUUUCAACACCAUGAAAGAAGACUACGAGGUUGAAGAGAAAAAGCAAGCUGCUGCUGAUGUAUUGUUUCAGUAUUCAAAAUUUGUAAUGGCAUGCAUUGGAAAUCAAGUUCGACCUUGCGACUUGAGGUUACAUUUAAUGAAGGAGAUUUCAGGAGUUCCAACCUCUCUAAAGAGAGAAUUGCCUCAUGCAGCAGCUUCUCCUGAUGCAAUGGGUGAAUCAUCAAGCUCAGGUACUGCCAGACUUGAUAAAGCAGAUAGUUUUCGAGCACUGUAGGUAGAGGUAGAGUCAUGGGUCAUUUCCCAUUCAGAACCAUUGGCGUACUGCUGAGGCUAGUAAAUUCUUCUUUGCUUUCCAUUGUUAACUUGUGGGUUUGUAAUUCCUUGUAAUUGCCAUAGAAGGAUAUUUUUAAUGUGAAAUAUAAAAAAUUUGCAUAUUUUUUUGAGCUGUAUAUAUGAUAGGACUAUCUGUACAAUUGCAUCUAAUAUUUAGUUUCAAA